AUGGAAAACGUGACCGCCUCGACGAACCGCUUGUCGUCCGUCACCGGUGUGCACCUGUUCAAGAUCUCCGGGCACUCCCUGGUCAAAGGCACCGACCUAUGCAUCAUGUCCAAGACCUUCCGCAUCGGCGGCCACGACUGGGCCAUCCGAUACUACCCCUACGGCCAGAAGCAGAAGGACGACGGCAAUAAGGAAACCGUCAAUACGACGGCCGGUGGAGAGCAUACGUCGGUUUUCCUCUACUUGGAGAACGCAGCAAAGGGCGAGGUCAGAGCGAACAUCUGGUUCUCCCUCCAAGACCCCGCGUCGCCGGAGAAGGGGGAGAAGAACAGAAGAGGCGCCGAGACGCGCGACUUCAAGCCCGGAGCACCGGCACGGGCAUGGGGUUUCCCGACGUUCAUGAGCAAGGCUGAUCUGGUUGCAUCGGGAUGCAUCAAAGAUGACUGCCUAGUGAUCAAGUGCACCAUCGAGGUCAUUACCUCCGAGCGCUUCGACGACCACGGAGAAGACGACGACGUCGUGGCCGUGCCGCCCUCCGAACUGACCAAGAAUAUUGGCGGACUUCUUGAGAACGGCCUCAGAGCGGACAUGACCGUCAAGAUCGGCUUGUUCAAGAGGUUCAAGGUGCACGGUUGCAUCCUCGCCGCGCAGUCGCCAGUCUUCCGUGCGCAGCUGUGUGGCUCCAUGCUCGAGAGUAGGAGAAGCAGCAUCCGCAUCAAGGACAUUCGAGUUGAAGUUUUCGAGGUCCUGCUGCAUUACAUGUACAAGGACUCCCUGCCUCCAUUCAUGGAGGAGAGCACUGAAGAGGCUACAAACAUGGCGCAACAUUUGCUCGUCGCAGCCGAUCGGUUCGCCAUGGAAAGAUUGAAGCUGCUUUGCGCCAACAAGCUGAGCAAGACCCUUGAUGUCAACACCGUGGGUUUUACUCUGGAUUUUGCUGAGAGAAACAACUGCCAGCAACUCAAGGAUUGCUGCAUCAAGUACAUGGUACGGAACCGUGAUAGGUUUGGAGAAAUCAUGAAGAGCAAAGGGUUCAUCCAGUUAACUGAGAAUUAUGGAAGCCUUGUGUGUGAAUUAUUCAAAGCUUUUGCUAAGUAA